AUUGGAUCAGCUUUUGCCGGCUUUACCCAGCCCGCCCAAGACAAGGGAUUGUGUUCAAGUGUUGAAGUAGAAAAAGGGGGAGAAUCUUAAAAAAAGCGCCAAACAAAAUGAGAGAUCAAAACCUCCAUUUUCGAGCUCAAAGGCAUUCAUUCACCAAAACAAUGAAGCGGAAGAAAUGGUCUGAAUUUGAAGAGAAAACCCUACUUACAAAAUACGCAGAGCUCCAAAGUUCGGGAACCUUAUCAAAGCUGAAAACCCGAGAGAAGAAAUUCAAACCAAUUGCUGACCAUUUGAACGCAAUUCAUCAUCUUCAAGAUCCGAUUAACUACCCAUUUAAGUGGUCAUGGAGAGACGUAUCGAUUAAGGUCCAAAAUAUGAGACAUCAGUAUUUGGGGGUGAAGCAGAAAAUCAGGGUUUCAGAUGGGGAUUUCAAUUGGGAUGAUGGGGAGAAUCAUUGGGAGAAUUUCAUCAAGUAUAAGGAGGUUUUUGGGGAUGUGGAGCUUGAAUUGAAGGAUAAUAAGAAAGCGGGUAUUGGGGAUUUUAAUGAAAUUGGGUUUUUUGGGGGAAACGGGGAUGAUGGUUUAGGGUUAGGGUUAGGGUUUGAGAUUGACUGUGAUGAUUUUGAGGACGGUGGGGAAGUGGGUGAGGAGGAGGAGGAGGAAGAAGAGAGAGAAGGUGGGGAUUUUGUUUGUGGAGAGAUAGAGGAAAUUGAGGGUAAUAGUGAGGGUUUGGGGAAGAAAUUGAAGAAGAGGAGGAUUGCUAUGUUGGGUGCUAGGGUUUUGGAGUUGAGAGAUGUGUUGGUGAAGAGGGAUGAGAAGAGAAAGGAAAGAGAGUAUGGUAGAGAAGAGGUUUUGGCGGCUAAAGAGGGAGGUAGGAUGGAUAUGGAGAUUUUGAGGGAGAAGAGGGUGAGGGAGGCAGAGGAGAGGGUGGAGGAGAGAGAGUUGGAGUUGGAAGAGAUGCAGUUGAAGUGGGCAAGAAAAGAAUUUGAUAGGAAGUUGAGGUUGGAGAGAGAGUUUGAUGAGGAAAGGCAGUGGAGGAUGAAGAUGGAGGAGAAGAGGGAGGAGGAGGAGCUUGAGUGGAGGGAAAGAAUGUUGAGUUUGCAAAUUGAGCAUGAGAAGCAAACAAUGCAAAUGCAUGCUGAUGCUUGCCAAAACCAGUUGCAAAUUCUCGGGAUCAUGGCACGGUUUAUGUGUCAGUUUUUCGGGUCAGCUGGUGAUGGGUUGGGUGGUGGGCUUAGUGGUCUUCCUCCUCAGGUUCUCCAGAAUUUGCAGCAUCCAGGACAAGGAGACUUGGGGGAUAAUAGCAAGCCUGGGUCCAAUUCACCUCCAGAGUUUAUAUGAAAUAUCUAGAUUUCAUUGCGGGCUUUAGUAUUAUGGGCCUUAUGGCUGGUGAGACGGAAGUUUAAAAGAAGGCUUGUCAUGUGGAUCAUGAUGCUGUUGCUGAAGUUUUUCAUGCUGAGCAUACUGGCACUGGUGACAUUAUGAGUUACAAUCCCAUAAUAUCAAAGAUUAUGGGACAGAGGGAGAGUGUGCUAAUGAUGGAGAUGGAUAUUAAGGGAGAGUAGGAUUAUUUCUGGCAAGAAGACAUGCUGCGGAUUCAGCCAACUGUUGCUUCCAACUGCCAGUCAAACUUGAGUUAGUUGAUCUCAUUCAUAUCUUUUUAUGAAUCCGGUUCUUCUGCUAAAUUGGUACUCCGUAUUAUUCAGGUGGAUGAUGUAAUUACCUCCGCCACCACGUGUCAGACCCUUGUUUGUGGGAAUAAGUUGUUCAUGAAUGGUGACUGCUUCGAGUAAUCAAUGCUCCCAAAAGUAUCAAAGAAGUUAUUCAUACAGCAAGAGAAAAGAAGAUAAAGAGAGAUUGUGUACAAGAAAUCCCGCUAAAAUAACUUGUUUUGCAAAAUUUGAUGAGAGUUGUCAAGUAAAGUGUGAUUUACUUUUUUUUUAGCAUGAUACUGAAUUAAACUGGAAAGUUUCUUGUGUUCUACAGUACUACUCCGUAUGUUCUACUAAAGCUCAAUUUUAUGUAAUCCGUACACCUUUCUGCAGUUUUUAGGACCAAUCUUUGAUGUAUUUAUCUGAA